UGCAGCGAGAGUUUACACAGAAGAAAACCUUCACUAGUUGGAUCAAUUCCAUUUUGGCAAAGCAUACACCUCCAUCUGUUGUCUCAGACCUGUAUACAGACAUACAGCAAGGACAUUUGCUUCUGGAUCUAUUGGAAGUGCUUUCAGGUCAACAUCUGCCACGGGAAAAAGGAUUUAAUACCUUCCAGUGUAGAAGUAAUAUAGAAAAUGCUUUGACAUUUUUAAAGGGCAAAUCACUCAAGCUCAUAAAUAUUCAUGUUGCUGACAUUGUUGAAGGAAAACCUUCCAUUGUGCUUGGCCUAAUCUGGACCAUUAUAUUUCAUUUUCAUAUUGAAGAACUUGCCAGGACACUUGCUUGUACUUACAAUCAGCCUUCACUUGAUUGUUCAAGUACUGUUGACUCCUCUCCAAAGGCAAGCAGAUCAGCUAAAAAAAGUGCUAAAAUUAAGGAACGGUGGAAGAUGUCUGCUACAAAGGCCCUUCUGUUGUGGGCAAAAGAACAGUGUUCACUACAUGGCCCUAUCAAUGUGACUGACUUCAAGUCAAGCUGGCGAAGUGGACUGGCUUUUUUAGCCAUCAUCCAAACCUUACGACCAGGUCUGGUUGAUUUGGAGAAGGCAAAAGCUAGAAGCAAUAAAGAAAACCUGAAAGAGGCUUUCAGAAUUGCAGAAGUGGAGAUGAAUAUCCCACGACUUCUUGAGCCUGAAGAUGUUGACAUAAUGAAUCCAGAUGAAAAAUCAAUUAUGACUUAUGUGGCUCAGUUUUUGCAAUAUUCCAAGAAUUUGCCCGAGUCCGAAGAAGACAUGCAGGAAAAAGUAAGAGAGGCCAUGAGCUGGUUGACUGCACAGGAGAAGAAGUUAGCAAAGCUGCUGAUUGACACAGAGAAUGAAACAUGUUACCAGAAGUACAAAGCAAUGAUGUCAUUUAUGGAAACAUUUAACCAAGAGAAAAAACCCUUUCUGCCCGUGUUAUCAUCAAAAAGAAGCAAAGCUGAGCUGAGCAAAGGACAGCAGCAGAUGAGAGAAGAGUGGGAUAAAGUCAUCUCUCAGAUCAACACAUGGAAGACAAAGCUGGACCAGAUGUUGCCCUCCCCUCUGAAUAGCAUUGAGGCUUGGCUUCAGGAGGUGGAACAUCUGCAGGCGGAAGAUUUGCCUGAUUUGCAAGAGCCGUUUAAAGCAAUGUUUGUCUUCAGAGAAAUAAUUGUAACAUUUAAGGGCUUGAUGGAUUGUUUUGAUUCUCACUUGGACACCCUUCAGUCAUUUAAGAAUGAAGAUGGGAAGAAUAUGCCACUAGUCUUUCCUGAAAAAUUAGAGGAAAUGAAAAGAAGAUUCAGCAAUAUUUGUUUCACAAACUCCAGCACCUUUCUUGAAUACCACUAUGGACUGUGCUCAGCUAUUGCCAAUGAGGUGAUGUUAAAGCUAAAUAUCUGGGACAUGAAAUAUGGGACAAAAGAGUCUGUGGAAUCGCUGCUGGAAAAUUGGAAUAAUUUCAUUGAAGAAAAGAAACUUGAGACACAACUAGAAACUGCAACUCGUAUCUGUGAAGAUUUGAAAAACAAAAACAUAGGCAGUCCUGACUUGGCUGGAGAUUCUCGAGAAAUUGGCAGACUUUUUAAGACAGUGGAGUCAAAGAUUUCCAUGUGCAGAGACUAUAUUUCCAGUGUAAAUACCACCCUGCAGAAAGUCUUGUCUUCCUGGAGUAAUUAUACAGAAAACAUCCACUUACUAAAGACUUGGCUGGAAGAAAGCAGAAAUGAGCAGCCAGAAGAGAUCCCUGCUGAGAUCCUGGCAAAGUGGAACCUAGUUCAUGGUGCCUUAAAUGAAGCUGGAAACUAUCUCAUUGAAGUCAGCAAAGAGCAAGUUGGAUCAAAUAUUAUCAAAGAGCUGAAGAAGCUCAACAGGAGAUGGGCUAAGUUCAUCAAGAGGACACACUUUCUCGGAGAAGAGAACACGAAUGCCACUGAAAAGACCAGGGAGCUUCAAGGGAGCCUGGAGAAAAUAGAAGAGCUCCUUAAAGAGGUGAAUAGCUGGGCAGCAGAGACUGGACAUCUGCUUAGCAAGAUCAGUUGUGAGGGGCCUGUGGGGCCUGAGACGGAGGAACAUCUGCAGACCUUGGCUGCAAGAGGAACCUCAUGCCAAGAACAAGUUGUGGCAGCAGAAGAGAUAUUGCAGUCCCUGAUGCCAAGUGUUUCAAGUCAGGUGUUUCAACAGCAUUCCCACACCUCUGGGCUGCAGACACGAGUUAAAGAAGCCAGAGACAAAAUAGAGGCUGUGAUGAGUGACAUGAACAACAUCUUGUCCAAAUCUGAGAAGAGACCUUCAGAGAAGGAGGCUUUGCUCAAUUUUGAAGAAUCCCAGAAAGAACUCGAGGCCUCCAUUUCAAAGGCUGUGCAACUUGUCAGUCAAAAAUUAAGUCCUGAAGAAUGUAUUUCAAAGUAUGAGGAAGCUUUUAAUGCUCUGGACAAUAAAGUUCUUGACAAAUUUUUGAAAGCAGCUGAACAACUGAAAAAUACUUCAUCUGGUCAUGAAGAGCUGGUGGUGGAAGAUGAUGUUCGUAGGAGAUGGGAGGCUGUUCAUCAAGAAAUGAUAUCCUAUGUCCAGCUCAUAGUAGAAAGGGAAAAGAAGAAAUUUAAUGCAACUUUAAAAAAAAUCAAUAAGCAAUUAGGCAAGGAGAAGAAACUCCUCAGUAUGGAUAAAAGCAAAGGGCUUAUCAAGGAACAUGAGGCCUUUUUUUCACAUGAAGGCAGCCUGAGGGAACUUAAAAAGUCAUUAGAAGAUCUUAAAAUAUUGGAAAAACUCUCAGGAGAAACAGUCCCAGGGAUACAGACACUGACUGCCGACUGCGAGCAGAGGCUGGGAAAGGUUCGGCAAAGUGUGGCAGAGAUUCACACGGCACUGCUGGCUCGUGCUGGGAAAGAGCCUCCGCCUCGGACAGGGAGCUCCAUCAUUGCUUCCGAGAAUGGAGAAGAGCCUGGUUCUUCUCAACAAAUUGAUAUCCUUUCAGUACAGGAGACUUCAAGACCUGCUGCAGGUAUAGUUUUGGAACCAGAUGUGAAACAUCAUAAUGGAGAAAGCUGUGCAGAGAAACUUGAGGAAGGUGGUGAUUUGGCCAUGCCAGCUUUACUAGAGAGCUAUAACACACACACAAGGAACCUGGAGGAACUUUUACAACUCAGCAGAGAUAAAGUAGCAUCUGGCUUUAACGAUGAAAUAAAGGGCACUUCAUGCCUUCAGAAUAAGCUGCUUGAACUACAGGUGAUAGAGAGUGAAAUCAGUUCUGGUUGGACACAAUUGGAAAACAUCUUAUCUACAUUAGAAAAUCUCGUGGUUGCAGUGCAGCAGACUGCUAUCUCUGAGACAAGAAACAAGCUGCAAGGAGAGUGGAAAGAGCUCCAGGAUAGUAUAAGUAUCAGAACGAACUCCUUAAGGACUGCUUUGGAAAUUGUGUUACCAAUAGAAAAUGAAUCCAUUCUUCUCUGUGAAUUAGAUCAGCGUCUGAAGAAAAAGGACAUCCUGCAGUUUCAUCUGAUGAAUAGUGAUCUUGCUUAUAGGGAACUGAAGGAGCUACAGAGAUCCAUAUUAAAUCAGAUUGAAGUAUGCAAACAAUUGGAACACCUAGAUAGUUCAGCGAGAGAUGAAUUUAAUCCAAUAGAUCUGCAAGCUGCGAGUAAAAUUAUGAUUUACUAUCAAAACCAGCUUGAAGAAAUGAGCCAUAAAAUGCAGAUCCGUGAGACUGUCCUUAAAGAUCUGGAGGCUUUCAUGGCCUCCUUGAGGAAGAUUCAGUCUUCCAUCAGAUGUCUCCCAGAUCCCACAGGUCAACCUGAAAUACAGGAAAAAGCUUUGAGAGAGGCUGCACAAGAAGUUUCUCACAUGGCAGAAGAAGCUAAAUGUUUGGAUGAAUGCUUGAAAACUGUUGAUAUCUGUUUAGAAGAUGCUGAAUGUGGGAGAAAGACUUGCUGUGAAAACCUUGUUCUGACUUUAUCUGAAGAGCUAAAUGCAACUUACUGUCCUUCAAGUGAACAGGCACUUACAGAAGAAAAAGACUUAUACAAGACUUUUUCCAGAAAAAACAGUGAACUCCUUAAAAACAUUCAGGAUCUAUGUGACAGAAUUAAAAAAGUAGACCUGAAGGAUCCAACAAUUCCAGCAAUUCAACAAAGGAUAAAAUCAUUAACAGAAUUGGAAAAGGAAUUGGAUUGUGCUGCUGUUGAAAUGAAACCUGUGCAAGAAAUUGCUAAUAAGCUCCCACAGAUCAAUGAGGAAAAAGCAGAGGAAGCAAAUGAACAGUACAGACUUACAGAGAGGUUAUGGGAGGAUACAAAGCUCUUGCUUGCUGAAGGCCAGGAGCAGUGUGCAAGAGUUCUGGAGCUCCUGAAGCAGUAUCAGAGCUGCAAAACAAGUCUGACCAGCAUCAUCCAGAAACAGGAGAUUGUGCUUUCACAGCAAACUUCUUACAUGGGGAAGGAGAAUUUGAACAGACUAAUAACAAAGAUUGAAGAGGCGAAAGAGGAAUUUAAUGAUCACUCUGAAGAUGUAGACAAAAUAAAUCAGCUCUGCAAAAACCUGCAAUUCCAGCUGAAUAAAAUGAGAAGCUUUGAGGAGCCUCUGUUCGAGAAUGAGGCUAACAUUAUUGUGGACAGAUGGCUGGAUAUCAAUGAAAAGACUGAAAACUACUACGAUAAUUUGGGAAGAGCACAGGCUUUGUGGGACAAACUCCUGAGUUUAUCUGGCACGAUCGAUGCUUGGGCGAAUGCAGAACUCAAGAACGCAGAAGGCCAUUGCCUGACCGAAGAGGACUUCACACAGUUGAAGGCAUGCUUACGAGUCCAAGAGCAGAAACUCCAGAAAUUUGACAACACAGUGGCUGAGAUAGAAGAACUUCUGAAUAGUAAUGAACCUCCACUGGAGCUACAGGUCAUUAGAUCAUCUGUUAUGCAAAAAAUGGAGCUAAUAAAAGAUCUCUUGUCAGCAAAGCGAAGGACCAGCGAGCCCACUGUGAAUACAGCAGAACUGAAAGGAGACCUGGAUCUGGCCAAGACACAGAUUGGAAUGACUGAAUCACUUUUAAAAGCUUUGUCUCCUUCUGACACCUUAGAGAUCUUUACUAAACUAGAGGAGAUACACCAGAAAAUUAUGCAACAAGAACACCAUGUGGCAUUACUCCAAGAGGAGACGGAUUGUCCUGAUGUGGAUGAGUUAAAUAAGCAGCUUAAAUGUGUCACUGAUUUAUUCAAUAACAAGAAACAUGUGCUUCAAGAUCAUUUCAUUGGUGUUUUGAACCGUCAGUGCAAGAAUUUUAAUGACUGGGUCAGCAGCACUCAGCUGUCUUUGAAGGACUGCUUUGACCCCUCAGAAACAAAACUGAUACUGGAAGAAAGACUGCAGAGGCUAAAGCACUUCCUAACAUCUGAAGGCAAAGACAGAGAUACCCAAGAGGUUAAAGCUUUAUUGAAUAAAGUGAAGCCUUACUUGCCCAAAGCAAGCAUUAAUCACCUUAACAGCUGUGUGAGAGAUCAAGAAGCAGAACUACAAAGAUUGAUCUCCAAAUGUCAGAAACGGGAAAAGGAACUUGGUGCCUCUCUCCAGCAGCUCAGUAGCCUUGAAGAAAGCAGCACAGUCUUGGAAGAAUGGCUCACCACUCAGGAGGAAAAACUAAAAGAGAUUAAGAAAGAUGAGACAAAACUUGAAGACUUCUAUAAAACACUAUUAAUGCAGAGAAAACCACUUGACUCCAUGGUUCAGCUAGCAAAUUCCUUGAGGGAGGCUGGGCUGACAGAAUCUGAGACCAUUUCAGAACCCAGUAACCUUGUUAGUAGGUACCAUACACUAAUAACACGUGUAAGUGGAAUGGCAGGGAAUACUGAGAGACUUCCAGGGGAAGGACACAAUUUUGAAGAGCUUGCCCAGGAUGUUUCUUGCUGGAUCAAAAAGCUUGAGGAGGCUGUUAAUAAACUGAGUUCAGAGGAAAGUGAGUUGCCGUCGGCUGAAAGGAUUCAUCAGAUAAAGGAAAUCACAGCUCUCAGAGGUGCAGGAGAGGCCAAGAUACAGAGCAUGGUGGCUCUAGGAGAAACUUUAAUGAGAAAUGAAAAAAAUAAGAAGCCAGAGAUUCAGCAGACUGUUUCUGAGCUCCAGAACAAGUGGGAAAACACCUGUCAGCUGGCCACUGAGUGUAGCAGCCCUCAAGAACAAUUUCAGUUGAACAGGGAGCAACAUGAGCAAAGCAAAGAUGAUCUGAGAUGGGCACUAACUGAACUGCAGAAACAGCAACAGGAGAUAGGUAUUGCCCUUCAGCCUGGUUUGCAGGAGAAGCAAGCUCAGCUGGCAAACUAUGUUGACCUCCUGCAGAAAGCAGAAGACUUAACUUCCCAAUUCAGUGAGUUGAAAAGCCAGACAGAUCAUCUGCAGGGUGACACCAGGGAAUCCUGCUGCACAGAGGUGGAGUGGUUGGAAUUAAAGCACCAGCAUGAAAAUCUGCUCAGCCAGCUCCAGACCAUCGUGCAUACAUUGGAAAAUCAUGUUCAAGAGCACCAGCAGUUUCAGGAUAUGGUAAAAGCCCUAAGCACUGAGCUGAAAACUGUCUCUGAGGAGCUUGCUGAUCGUGAAGGACCAGCAAUGGGACCACCAUCAGCUAUGCAAAACCACUUGAAAUCACAGGAACAACAAGGACCUCUUAGUCGAUGUGAAGAUACUUUAAGGAAGAUUUUGGUUUUAGCAGAAACUGUUAAACAGAACACCUCUUCACCAGGACAGAAGUUUAUUAAGGAUGAGAUUGAAACACUUCAGAGUGAGCACAGGAGUCUGGAAGAAAGACUUGAACAUGUCAAGGAAAAGAAGGAAAAUAUUUUCAGUGAAGCCCUUGAGUUAAAAGAUGAGUUUAGUAAUGAAAUACAAAAGGAAGAUGAGGCAGAUACAGUGCUAGAAAGAGAGAUACCAAUUGCUUCAGGUGCUCAUGUUGCUGCGGAAGAGAGCCCCACAGCAGUGGAGCUGAAGGAGCCUCUGGAAAUGCACGAUGGUCAAGAUGUAAAUGGAAAUAUGUCAGAGAAGGAGAAGCAGAAUGAUCUAGUUUUGGAGGAAAGCACUGUAUUGUCAGACAGCCCAUUGCAGGGUGUCCAUCACGGCAAGGACAGAUUGGCGCAGGCUGUUCAGGUGAAGGCUGAUAAGGAGAGCCCAGGUAUGGACAAACAUGACAGGGUCGGAGAGGAUGUUCUGGACAGCUUGGUUCUGGGUGAUGAUGCAGAACUGGAAAGACAUCAGGAUGGUGUUGGCAUUGAAGGUGAUGAAACAAGAAAGGAAGCCCAUCCAGCAGAGGAGAAACCUAGUGAUGUGAAAAAUUGGUCAUGUAGAGAUGAUGUGGAGCAGGUUCAACAGAAGGUGUGCUGGAAGACUCAGGUCCUGGAAUCUGCAGCAGCUGGGAAAGAUGGUCUAGGAUCUAAUCCCCCAGUUUCUGCACAUGAGGACACAGGUGCAGAAGUGGGUGUCCAGAAGGAACUAUUUCCUGGAGUGCAAGUAAAGAGUGAAUAUUUUGAAGAGGAACAAAAGGUCAAUGAACUGAAAAAUGAAGUGGCUGAACUGGAUAUGGUGCUUAUAAAUGAACAACUAAAAGAGCUGGAGGAUUUACAAACUGAGCUGGAAACAUGGAAGGCAGAAUCUUUGUGCCAUGGUCAAGAAGCAAUUCCCAAUGCAACAGGAUCAAACACAGCAGAGCUGCAAACCACGGAGCCUGCAGUGCCCUGCUGGGACAGGCUGCUUCAAGAGCUACAUGCUGUUAAGGCAGUGAAGGAACAACAGUACUGUUUAAUUAGUGAAUACCAGAAAAACCUUUCUGCAGUACAGGCCUCGAUGAAAAAUUUGUCAACUGAAAAAGAUAACAUAAAAAUGGGUCCUAUGAACAACACAGCUCUCCUGCAGAAAAUCAAGGCAUGCAUAGAGUCCUUACGAAAAGAAAGAGAUGUCUUGAACCAGUUGCAAAGUCAGCAAGAAAUUUUAUCUCAGCAUUUAACAUGCAUGGAUAGGGUAUUGACUGAGAGCCACAUGAGGCAGCUGGAGCAGUGGUGGCAACACAUGGAACAAACAGUGCAAAAGAAACAUGAUCAGGUUGUGGCAGAAAUCGACGAGUUUAACCUGCUCAUGAAUAAAGCGCAGGAUAUUCAGAGACUGAUACGAGAACAGUAUGUACAAGCAGAGUCACAUUCCUCAGCUGCAGGAAAAGCCAAAGACCCUCUAAUUUGGACCACAGAGCUACAAGACAUUAAACAUGGACUUUCUCUAUUAAAAAGAAGGAUUGAACUACAGAUGAAAAGAAUUUGGAGUGACCAAGAGAAGGUAGCUUUGGAGAACUCUAUACAUGAUUUGCAGAGCAAAUUGGAAGCACUAUCAGCGCAACAGACUCCUCAAGAGGAUAUUCAGAUCACUGGUCCUGCUCUCAUGAAACAUGAAAUGAUGAAGAGGCUGAAAGAAAAUAUUUCAUGGGUCAAAGAUUCACUGUCACACCUUGAUCAGAAAGCAGCACUUUUCCCCAGUGAUGUCAAAUCACAGAUCAGAAGUUGUCAGCUUAUGAGCAAAGAAGUGGCAAACAGAGAGCCUGUGAUUGUGUCACUGGAUUAUGGGCUCCAGCACAUCCUUCCCACCUUGGAGCCAGAGGAGGUCUCUGAUAUGACCUUCCUUUUACAAACAUUGCAGAAUUCAUACAAGACUCUUGUUUUAAAAUCAGCUCAAAGAUUGCAGCAUUUAGAGCUCCAGCUGGUGGAGAGGCAAAGACUUACUGCAGAAGUAGAAAAAGUUCACUGUCAGCUUCAAAAUGCUGAGCUGCUUGCCAGGCCUGACAUGAACCAAACCAGCACAUGCUCAGAGUUAGUCACUCAACAAGCCAUUUUAAAGGAAAUGUUAAAGGACAUACAAGAAAUAGAAGGGCUUAUCUCAUCCCACUGUAAAGAUAGUCAGGUCACAGCUGGGGAGCUGAGCCUAUCCGAACAAAUAUUUUUGACUGAUCAGUUAAGGAGUCUGAAGAAUAGAGCAAGGAAGACACAGAGGCAAAUACAGAGUAAACUUCAUGAAGCAGAAAAGAAGAUAGCUGUCUACGGAGAGUUUGCUGAAGGAAUAGCUUCAUUGCAGCAAGAUCUUAAUAAUCUACAGGAUGGUGAAAUGAACCUGAAAGAAGAUGAAUUAUUAGGUGCCCAGCAGGGAUUGAGGGAGAAAUUCAAAGCACUUAAAGAAAAAGUAUUAGCUUUUCAGUCAAAUUUGUCACAAAUAAGAAAGUACAAAGAAAUCUUUGAGUGUGUAGGUCUGAAAUGGGACUCACUGCAGCUGGAUGAAUUGCAGACUAAUUUUUUUAAAAUUAAAAAUAAAAUUAAAGGAAAGCUAAGCUACUUUGAGAAUGCUGCUCGGGAAUGGGAUAAGAUUCAAGUACUGCUAAAUGAAAUCCAGGCUGCGACAUCCACUGUAAGAAGAGAAGCUAACAUCCUAAGUGAUAGCUCUAGCACCUCUCCUGCUGUGAAUCUCGUGUCUGCACAGAUUCUGUUGCAGACAGUUCAACAAAUCUUGUACUUAACCCAGGAGGCAGCAAAUCAAAUAAACAAAAAUGAGGUCUUUGAUACAGCAUUCAAAGAAUCAAAGCAGAAAGGAAUAAAGAGCCUGGAGAACGAUGUUGAGAAAUUGAAUCAGUUUCUUCAAAACUUGAUCUCUGAUCUCCAGUGUGUAAACAAGGAAGAUACCCAGAAUGAAGUAGAAAAUAUAUUCCGCAUCACAAAGCAUAUUGAGUCAGAGUUGCAGCAGCCUCUUCUGAUAGACGUAGAAACAAUGCAGGCCGAAAAGCUGCGUUGGGAAGCAAUUCAGAAUAUGAUGCAAGAAACUUUUUCUGCUAUUAAAUGUACCAUGGAAAAAGAGAAGGAAAACCAAGAAGAAAAAUCUCUUGCUGCUGGUAUAGAAACAAAAUUAGAGGCACUACAAGGCCAUGAAAUACAACUGAAGACAGACAUUGCUGCCCGUGUUAGUGCUCUGGAGGAGGCAUGUAGAAUUGGAGAACUUUAUACCCAGGCUGUCCAGAGGGCUGCCAGGCUCCUCGAGGACUAUGAAGCUCAAGUCCAGGCUGCCACAGCGGAGCUCAGUAGUUCAGAGGAGGUCCAUCAAACCCCACAAUGGAAACAAGAAGAGUUCAACUCCGCAAAGGCUGACAUAGAAAACCUGCACUCCAAGCUGAAAAACGUAGUGAAACCAGGAGACAAAGUACUUCUGGAAAAUGCUUCAACAGAACUGAUUGAUAAGAGUUUGGCAUUAAGUAAGAAGGCGCAAAGAAAGGAAGCUGAUGAGCAGAG